AUGAGAGCCAUCGAAACCCUGUUCUUAAAGUGUGAUCCAGUAAUACACAUCAAAGCUAAAUGCAUAUCUGAAGCACAUGAUUACCCACCUGAGAUUCCUCACCAUGUCACCAAAUUUCUGGAGGUUCAAAUCAGAAGGGUCGAGUUUCCAGAUCUGAAUGGUGAUUACAUGCCCCCAGAUUUCAACAUCCAUGUAAAAGGAGCCUUGUAUUUGGAAAGAAAGGGAAUCCAUCAUUGGAUGAAGAAUCAUUUAGACAUCAAUCUCAACCUUGCUUUUCCUCCAUUACUCGCUUGGGUUCCUCAGUUAGUGCUGCAAAACAUUGUACAAACGGUUCUGAGGAACUAUGUGGAGGAUAUCAAUGAUGGAUUUGCUGUUAGAUUAUUAGCUGAUUACAACUCGUUCAAGAGGGAAAAACUCAAAAAUUUGGAGUAA